CCAACCCACCUAAGGGCUCAAUGAAGGGGGACAAGCUCAAGGAGCAAGACCCUUGCCCUCCCCCACCCAUCCAAGGGCUCAUGAAGGGGGACAAGCGUGAGGAGCAGGGGCUGGACCCCGAACCUGAAGUCCCCCAGCAGCCCACAGAGGAGGAGGAGGCUCUGAUCGAGUUCCACCGUUCCUACCGAGAGCUCUUCCAGUUCUUCUGCAACAAUACCACCAUCCACGGUGCCAUCCGCCUGGUGUGCUCCAAGCACAACCGCAUGAAGACGGCCUUCUGGGCCGUGCUCUGGCUCUGUACGUUUGGCAUGAUGUACUGGCAGUUUGCCCUGAUGUUUGAAGAGUACUUCAGCUACCCUGUCAGCCUCAACAUCAACCUCAACUCUGACAAGCUCGUCUUCCCUGCUGUCACGGUCUGCACUCUCAAUCCCUACAGGUAUAAUGAAAUUAAAUCGGAGCUGGAGGAGCUGGACCACAUCACAGAGCAGACGCUCUUUGACCUGUACAAAUACAAGUUCAACAAGCGCCUGGCCAGUCCCCGCGGCCGUCGCGAUCUCGGGGGCACUCUGCCGCACCCACUGCAGCGCCUGCGGGUCCUGCCCCAGCCCCACAAGGCCCGCAGAGCACGCGGCGCGACCUCCAGCAUGCGGGACAACAACCCCCAGGUGGACAGGAAAGACUGGAAGAUUGGUUUCCAACUGUGCAACCAGAACAAAUCUGACUGCUUCUACCAAACAUACUCAUCAGGGGUGGAUGCGGUGAGGGAGUGGUACCGCUUCCACUACAUCAACAUUCUGUCCAGGCUACAAGAUACCUCACCAUCUCUGCAGGAGGAGGCACUGGGCAACUUCAUCUUCACCUGCCGCUUCAACCAGGCCUCCUGCAACCAGGCGAAUUACUCUCACUUCCACCACCCAAUGUAUGGGAAUUGCUAUACUUUCAACAACAAGAACAAUUCCAACCUCUGGAUGUCUUCCAUGCCAGGAAUCAACAAUGGUCUGUCCCUGACAUUGCGCACAGAGCAGAAAGACUUCAUCCCCCUGCUGUCCACGGUGACUGGGGCCAGGGUAAUGGUGCAUGGGCAGGAUGAGCCGGCUUUCAUGGAUGAUGGUGGCUUUAACCUGCGGCCUGGUGUGGAGACCUCCAUCAGCAUGAGGAAGGAAGCCCUGGAUAGGCUUGGAGGCAACUAUGGUGACUGCACUGAGAAUGGCAGUGAUGUCCCUGUCAAGAACCUUUACCCUUCUAAGUACUCGCAGCAGGUGUGCAUCCACUCCUGCUUCCAGGAGAGCAUGAUCAAGGAGUGUGGCUGCGCCUACAUCUUCUACCCAAAGCCUCAGGAUGUGGAGUACUGCGACUACAGGAAGCACAGCGCCUGGGGCUACUGCUACUAUAAGCUCCUGGGAGCCUUCUCUACAGACAGCCUGGGCUGUUUCACCAAGUGCAGGAAGCCAUGCAGUGUGACCAAUUACAAGCUGUCUGCUGGUUACUCUCGAUGGCCCUCAGUGAAAUCCCAGGACUGGAUUUUCCAGAUGCUGUCCCUACAGAACAAUUACCCCAUCAACAACAGAAGAAGUGGAGUUGCUAAACUCAACAUCUUCUUCAAGGAGCUGAACUACAAGACCAAUUCUGAAUCUCCCUCUGUCACGAUGGUCACCCUCCUGUCYAACCUGGGCAGCCAGUGGAGCCUGUGGUUUGGCUCCUCAGUGCUGUCUGUGGUGGAGAUGGCCGAGCUCAUCUUUGACCUCCUGGUCAUCACAUUCCUCAUGCUGCUGCGCAGGUUCCGAAGCCGAUACUGGUCUCCAGGACGAGGGGCCAGGAGUGCAAGGGAGGUGGCCUCCACUCCACCUUCCUCCCUUCCCUCCCGCUUCUGUCCUCACCCUACAUCCCCAUCCUUGCCUCAACCAGGCCCUACUCCCUCCUUGGCCUUGACAGCCCCUCCACCUGCUUAUGCCACCCUAGGUCCCUGUCCAUCUCCCUUGAGCUCAGCAGGGGCCAGCUCCUCUGCCUGCGCCCUGGGAGAGCUCUGAUAGGGAACUGAGCCUAGAGUGUUUCUCCCACCAAGGCCUGCGCUCCCCUGUGGGAGGGGCCCAGCCUCGGCAAGGUUAAAAGAUGUUUGGGGCUUCCUCUCAAAGCUUCUCACUGCCUUUGGUGUGGGGGAGGGAAGCAGGAUGGGUAAGGGGUCCAGGAAGUUGCCCAGAGAACAGCGGCCAAUGAAGCCACCCAGAACUGCUUUGGUCCUGCCCUGCAACCUCGGUCCUGCCUUUGAACACUCUGAUUUCCACACAAGUGCAAACAAGUCUCCUUUUCCCUUGGAUCAGCCA